AUGCAACCUUGGGCGCUGGUUAGCCCUGCGUCUCGAGGCAUUGGCCUUGAACUCGCCCGUCGACUGCUGCAAACAUCCAAGGUGCCAGUCGUUGCGACUGCUCGGAAAGAUCUCGAUCAGACGAAGGAGAAUGUGCUCUCGGGGCUCAGUAGAGUGGAUGAAGGGAGGCUGCAUGUUGUCAAGCUAGAUGUCCUUGAGGAGGAUGUUGUUGCAGAUGCAGCGAAGCAAGUAUCAUCUCUAUUUCCGGAGAAGGAGUCCUACCUAUGCUUGUCUCUGUGCAUCCCUGGCCUACUCUUCCCCGAAAAGUCGCCCGCUCAGAUCGACUACGACAAGGCCCUCCUUACCUUCCGCACAAACACGCUUGGCCCAAUGCUGCUCAUGAAGCACUUCUCGCCAUUCCUCCCAAAGAAAGCUGUCAAUGUUGAAGAGGCGGAAGGUCUGCCAAAGAGCGCGGUUUGGGCGAUGAUGUCUGCUCGAGUGGGCUCCAUUACGGAUAAUCAGAUGGGAGGCUGGUAUAGCUAUCGAAGCUCGAAAGCAGCUGUCACCCAGCUCGCCAAGUCCUUCGACAACUAUCUCAAGCCUAGCUCUGGCGGCAACGCCAUGAGCAUCGCGUUGCAUCCUGGUACCGUCAAGACAAACCUGAGCAAAGACUUUUGGGGGAAUGUGAAAGAAGAGAAGCUGUUCAGUCCAGAGUUCGCCGCAGAAAAGCUGAUGGAAGUGGUGAACAGCCGGACAUUAAACGACAGAGGCAAGUGCUGGGAUUGGAAGGGAGAAGAGAUUCCGCCGUAA